AUGGACACAACCGUUAAUUUCCCUAAAACUCUUGUGGACCUCGAUGGUUCCAACGUUAACGUCUAUGAACUUUCUAGGCGUUACGUUUUGAUCUUUAUUACGUUGAAGGCAACGUGGUGCCCUGUUUGUCCUCAACUUUUGUAUAUAUUAAACCUUCAUGGGUUGCAUGAUGACCCACCAUCUUCGUUUCGCGACGCUUUUGAUAGAACAAUUAUAACUGUACCUCAAGAAGAGAUUACUUUUUACCGCCUUCUCCUUAGACAAGAUGCUUUUUUCAUAAUAAUUUGUCCAGGACCAGUUAGAGAAGUUUUGCAAAUACGAAGUAGUUGCAAUUUUUCACAUUUCCCAUAUCAUUUCAUUGUAGAUGAAGACCUUUCGCUUGCUACUUCGAUUGGCUUAAGGAUGUCUCGUGAAGAGAUAUGGCCAUGCAUCGCCCACAUAAAGCCAACUACACUUGCAGUUCAUCCCAUCUUUUUCGGACGUGGUCCUGGCUUUUACGGAUACAAAGACUUGUUAAAUUAUUUGCAUGAUUAUCGUGCAACAGUUGAAUAUAACGCGACAAAUCUUAUUUUAAAAGCUACGGAAAUUAAGACGCGUUUGGAAAAAUCAGUUACGAUCGAAAAUUCGGCUGAGAAUGUGCAACAGCAAAUAAUACAAACAGAUCAACCGCAGCAAAACCGGCCAGAAAUUCUAACACUACCGAUUGAAAUCUUAAUUCAUAUAUUUGAGAAUCUUGAAACAAUAGAGGUUUUUAAAAUUGUUAUGUCAACAUCUCGACUUUGGAGAGCAAUCGGAUUAGAGGUAAUCCUUAUAAAUUUAAGGAAUGAAGUUAAGCAGGUUUCAGAUUCUCUCGUGACUAAUAUCCGAGAUGGUUCUCCGAAUUAUUCUCUAAUCAAUAAGUUACGAUAUAAGAAUAAAUUAGAUGGAGUUUAUCAAAUAAAUCAAAAAAUCAAUAAGUUGAUAACAAUUAUUGAAAUUUCUCAGCGUAUUGUAAUUAAAAACUAA